AUGGGAGCUAGUGCAUUACACGGGCGGCCCGCUAACGAACGUCUCUUAUUAAGUUGCGUACACACAUAUGGUGGGCUAUCGACAUGUAGGAGCGAGAACGCCAUGGACGGCUGCGAUGAACUCGUACGGAACCAUGACCUCUGGUUCUCUGACGGCUCGAUCGUCCUGCGCGCGGAGAACGUGCUCUUUCGCGUACACAUCUCUCAGCUUUCUCGUCACUCCACUGUGUUCGCCGACAUGCUCUCGUUCCCACAACCGACGGGCAGUUCCUCCGCUGAUAUGGCUCUAGUUGAUGAUGGCCAGCAAGGAGAGAAGAUAGACGGGUGCCCAGUGCUCUUCCUGCACGACAAGGCGGAGGACGUCAUGAACCUCCUGCACGCGCUCUAUGAUGGCCCGCGCUUUGGAGACAAUGGCCGCGAAGAUUUCCGCGCUGUCUCGGGCAUCCUCCGGCUCGCGAACAAGUACGACAUCGAGAAGCUGCGGGGCACGGCGGUGGAACAUCUCAGCAGCGCGUGGCCGAUGACGCUCCGGGGCUGGGACUCACGAGAGGACCUGGCGCGGACGUUCGAGAUCGAGAGCGGGAUGCAAAGAGGCUUCCGGUAUCCUUCGCCCGUCGCCGUCAUCAACCUCGCGCGGGAGGUGGACGCGCCGCAGCUACUCCCCUCCGCGCUCUACGACCUUUCGCGGUAUCACUACGCGCAGAUCUUCGGCGCCGGCCCGGGCGAGGACGACCACGAGCCGCUCGGGGCGGGCUCGCCGCGCGCGAGCACGCUCGCGCACGCGGACUUGCAGAAGCUUGCGGUGGGGAAGGAAGCCGCGGCGCACGCGGUGACCUGGCUGAUCCAGAGCAUGGCGCACGGGUCGCACCGCGAGUCGCCGCGGCACCUCGCGGACGCGGGCGCGGGCGGGGCGAACCAGCACAAUUGGUUCCAGUACGGGUACGAGCUGAACCCGGCGCACCACCGCCGCCGGUCGGCCGGGCUCAUGUGCACGUCCGCGAGCGCGUGCCGGAAGGACUUCAGCGAGCUCGUGGAGCUCGCGACGCAGCAUUAUUUGUUCGACAGGGAGAGGGGGUGCGCGGACCCGCUGUAUGUCGCGGAGGAGCUUGGUCAGCUGAAGAGCGCGGAGUUCUCUGAGUGCAAGGCGUGUGCUAGGAGCUUGGAGGGCUGGGCGGCGAGGGAGCGGGAGCGGAUGUGGAAGCUGAUACCGGCGUGGUUCCGGCUUGUGUAG